GGGAGCAUUAUAAAACACGUGUUCUGAUUUGUCCCUUAGCUCAGGAACAUUAAUUCCCAGCACACAAUUUCCAAAAUGUCGGGUUUCUUCAUCAAAAGUCCGUCCUUGGGAAGGAAACCGAAGACUCAAGUCGGAAUAAAGAAAAAGAAAGCAGUAAAAGGAGCAGCAGGAGACGUCCCGGCGUUAAAACGGAAAAGGAAACAAUUUAAAAAUGAAGAAAUAGAGAGCGAUUCUGAAGCAGAAGGUGAUAAAGAGACAGCCAAGGCAGAAUCGGGAUCAGAGUCUGACACCGAAGAUGAAACACCACAAGAAAAACGACUUAGAUUAACCAAACAGUAUUUGGCAGAGUUAGAAGCACAAGAAAGAGAGAAGAAAGAAUCUGAUGAGCUGCUGAAUGAUGCGAUUUCGCAUAGAUUACAUGAAGAAGUGUUGGAACAAGCCGGUAAACUACAAAAGCAGGUAGCGUCUGACUAUCAAGAACCAUCGCUUGACGACAUGCAUGUACUCCGUGGUCACCAGUUAUCCACAACGUGUCUUGUCAUUUCACCUGACAAUAAACAUGUAUUUUCUGCUUCAAAAGAUUGUUCGAUUAUAAAAUGGAACAUAGACAGCAGAAAAAAGGAGCAUGUCAUACCAGGAGGAAGGAAAGGAACUGAAAACAAACAUAAAGGCCACACAGCUCACGUUUUAUGUUUAGCAAUAUCGUCAGAUGGAAAAUUUCUAGCAUCUGGAUGUAGAAAUAAAGUUAUCCAUAUCUGGGAUCCUUCCACUUGUGAAUUGUUACACACAUUUAAAGGACACAGGGAUGCCAUAUCCGGUUUAUCAUUUCGUAGGAAUUCUCAUCAACUGUUCAGUUCAUCACAUGACAGAUCUGUUAAGAUAUGGGAUCUAGAUGAGAUGGCGUAUGUAGAAACGUUGUUUGGCCACCAAGACAGCAUUACUGGUAUCGAUAGUUUAACUAGAGAGCGUGCAAUAACGUGCGGAGGACGAGAUGGUACUAUAAGAAUCUGGAAAGUCGUAGAGGAGUCGCAACUAGUGUUUCAUGGGCAUCAGGGUUCGAUAGACUGUGUGCAGUUAGUUAAUGAGGGACAUUUCAUAUCGGGAGCUGAUGAUGGUUCUAUUGCCUUGUGGAGUGUAAUGAAGAAGAAGCCAUCUUGUAUAUUACAUAAUGCCCAUAGUAAUAGCACUAAUGAAAGAAUAGUUGAUGAGAACUGGAUUACGUCUGUCGGCGCUCUACAAAGUACCGACUUAGUGGCAUCAGCAGGAUCUAAAGAUGGGAACAUUCGAUUAUGGCAGUGCGGUAAAGACUUCAAAACGUUGACACCGCUAUUCAAAAUACCAAUCAUUGGAUUUGUGAAUGCUCUGAAGUUUUCUAAUGACGGUAGUAUGCUAGUGGCUGGUGUUGGACAAGAACAUAAACUGGGAAGAUGGUGGAGAAUUAAAGAAGCUAAAAAUAGUAUUGUUAUUAUUAAACUUAAAAAGAAAGAACAGGAAACGUAAAUUUAUUUACAAAUGGCAUGUCAAUGAGUCUUGAGUUCCAUGAUCUUGGUACAGUCAUGUGAACCAUACUGACUUUUGUAAGCAGUAAAUUAUCAUCGCUGGACAUUGACGAUUUUAUAAUUUAAGGACAUUCACACGGUUGAAAGUCACCAAGAUUCACCUUCAAAAUUUUUACAGACUUUUGGUGAAAUAAAGUUGUAUUAUGUUAUGUUUUUGUUUUGUCAUCAGAUUUGUUCAUUUCAGUACUGAAGCAAAAAUCUAUGAACCGAUUUUCUUUACCAUUUUAUUACCUUAUCCAUACCAUUGUAGAUGAAGGUCAAGGUAUCUUGCUACAACUACUCAAGAUAAUCAAUAGAUUUACUUAAAAUUGUCGUCUUGUGGUUACCGUAACAAUUUUCAUCUGAUCUUCAAAUUUUGGAAUCCUAUCCAUCUUUAAGAAAUGUGAACUAAGUUAAAUUUUGGUAUAGCUAGCCAGUGCAAUUUUCAAGGAAUCGGGUGAAAUUUGACUGAAAUAAAGCAUUCAACUGUUGAUAAUGAGAACCAGAUCUUAGUAAUAUGAUCUCCAGGCUCUGUCAAUUAGAUACUUUUAUAAUUGUGUUAAGUGCAGGUUUUUUCCAGUCACCUUCAAAUCUGAGGAACAUGCUUGAAUCAAGGAACAUGUACAGUAUUUUCCUUGCCAAUAUUUGGUUGAAAUAUUGCUGUACUAUUAUGUUUUUAGGAACUUUAUACAAUUCAUGUGUUAUUCUACAAGAGUCACCAAGAUGAAUACAGUACAUAAAUUAUUAUGUUUUAUGCCAUUAUGACAAAUUUAAUUUUCUUGUUUAUCUUUUGUAAAGAUUGUUCCCACAUAAACUUUAGCUAGAAUUUUGCAAGCAAAAUGUUGAGAUAUUAUUGCGUUAUUUCAGGACUGUUAUACUCUCAUUCGCCAUGCAAAGAAAAGAUAUUGCGUAGUUUGUAUCUGUAUAUAUCCAUUUGUUUAAUCUAGAUUUUCAAUGGACAAGGUUGUAAUAGUUACGCUAUGUUUUUUCUUUCAUAAUGAUCAUUAUUUGAAAAUGUACCUCAAUUGUAAUGCCUAAAUUUUUAAUCAGUUAUAAUUAACUGCAUAAACAGUCAUCCACAGUACCUUGAAAGGAAAUGUGUACCGUGAUUUGUCUAUUGCACCAUUUACAUAAUUUUCAACAUGGACAAUAAAUGUGUCGGAAAUUAAGCAGAAAAAUUAACAAAUUUCGAGAUUAAACUUCACAUGUAGAAAAUUGUUAAAAAAUACUAGUAGCAUUUGUACAGGAUUUAUAAACAUAUCAAAAAACAUUCAAAUUGUUCAUGUGAGAAUAAGCUUGAGAAUAAAAAACAUGUUUUUGCAUUA